UGUUAUGAAAGUCUCAACCCGGAAGUGGAGGAUAGUGCAGGACCCGUGUCGUAAACAGAGACCUGUGGUUCGGCCAAACUCCUCAGAAAUGGCCUCUGCUGGAGGAAUCCAGAUUCCGAGCCGCCUGCCGCUGCUGCUGACCCACGAAGGAGUGCUCCUGCCGGGCUCCACGGUCCGCUUCAGCGUGGACUCGCCGCGGAACAUGCAGCUGGUGAGCCAGCGGCUGCUGAAGGGGACGUCCCUGAAGAGCACCAUCAUCGGAGUGAUCCCCAACACCAGGGACCCCGAGCAGGACUCCGACUCCCUGCCGCCGCUACAUCAAAUUGGUACGGCAGGGAUCGCGGUGCAGGUGGUGGGCAGUAACUGGCCCAAACCUCACUACACCCUCCUCAUCACGGGACUCUGCCGCUUCAGGGUGUCAAACGUGCUGAAGGAGCGACCGUUUGUCCUGGCAGAGGUGCUGCAGCUGGAUAAACUGGAGCAGUACACGGCGUCAACAGCAGAGGGCGUCACGGCGGAGGAUGGAGAGCUGGGAGAGCUGUCUCAGAAGUUCUACCAGGCUGCCGUUCAGUUAUUAGGGAUGUUAGACACGUCGGUCCCGGUGGUGGCCAAGUUCAGACGCCUACUGGACAGUCUGCCCAGAGAAACUCUGCCGGAUGUGGUCGCCUCCAUGAUCCGCACCUCCAACAAGGAGAAACUCCAGGUGUUGGAUGCAGUCAGCCUGGAGGAGCGCUUCAGGAAGGCGCUGCCCAUGCUGACCAGGCAGAUCGAGGGACUGAAGCUGCUGCAGAAAACCAGGAAAAUGAGCCCCGACACCGAGAAGAGGGUGUUGUCAGUGCGUAGAGGCGGAGUGCUGCCAGGGCGACAGUUCAAUCUGGACGAGGAAGAAGAGGAUGAGGAUGGGGACGACACGGCAGCUCUGGAGAGGAAGAUCCACGGCGCCAGCAUGCCGGACGCCGCCCUCAGAGUCUGUGUGAAAGAACUCAAGAGGUUGAAGAAGAUGCCUCAGUCCAUGCCUGAGUAUGCCCUGACCAGAAACUACCUGGACCUGAUGGUGGAGCUGCCUUGGAGCAAAAGCACCAAAGACUGCCUGGACAUCCGGGCCGCUCGGACGCUGCUGGACAACGAUCACUAUGCCAUGGAAAAGCUGAAGAGGCGUGUGCUGGAGUACCUCGCUGUCAGACAGCUGAAGACGUCGCUAAAGGGCCCCAUCCUGUGUUUUGUCGGACCUCCUGGAGUUGGAAAGACGAGCGUGGGGCGCUCCAUUGCCCGGACUCUUGGCCGGGAGUUUCACCGGAUCGCUUUGGGAGGCGUCUGCGACCAGUCGGAUAUCAGAGGACACAGGCGAACCUACGUGGGCAGCAUGCCCGGACGGAUCAUCAACGGUUUGAAGACGGUCGGCGUUAAUAAUCCCGUCUUCCUCCUGGAUGAAGUGGACAAGCUGGGGAAAAGUCUGCAGGGAGACCCUGCUGCUGCUCUGCUUGAGGUCCUGGACCCGGAGCAGAACCACAGCUUCACAGAUCAUUACCUCAAUGUGGCCUUCGACCUUUCCCAGGUGCUCUUCAUCGCCACCGCGAACACGACGGCCACCAUUCCCCCGGCUCUGCUGGACAGGAUGGAGGUGCUGCAGGUUCCAGGAUACACGCAGGAGGAGAAGCUGGAGAUAGCUCACCGUCACCUGAUCCCAAACCAGCUGGAGCAGCACGGGUUAACCCCUCAGCAGCUGAACAUCCCUCAGGACACCACCCAGGAUGUAAUCAGCAGAUACACCCGGGAGGCUGGUGUGCGCUCCCUGGAGAGGAAGAUCGGCGCAAUCUGUCGAGCCGUGGCCGUUAAAGUCGCCGAGGGUCACAGAGUCCCGGAGACUUCCUCCUCUGGACAGGAGACGCAGCAGAAAGAUAGGGAAGCGCCCCCUGAGAUGCCCAUCGUGAUCGACCAGGUGGCCCUGAAGGACAUCCUGGGGCCGCCGCUGUUUGACAUGGAGGUGUCCGAGCGGCUCACCCUGCCCGGCGUGGCCUUGGGCCUCGCCUGGACGCCGCUCGGCGGGGAGAUCAUGUUCGUGGAGGCCAGCCGGAUGGAGGGGGAAGGUCAGCUGACUCUGACGGGUCAGCUGGGAGACGUCAUGAAGGAGUCGGCUCAUCUGGCCAUCAGCUGGCUGCGGGCGAACGCCAAAAGCUACCAGCUCACCAACCUGGUGGGGGGUCCGGAUCCGAUGGAGGGGACGGACAUCCACCUCCACUUCCCUGCAGGAGCCGUCACCAAGGAUGGCCCCUCUGCCGGCGUCACCAUAGUCACCUGCCUGGCGUCUCUGUUCAGCGGCCGGUUGGUCAGAUCCGACGUGGCCAUGACGGGAGAGAUCACGCUGAGAGGGCUGGUGCUGCCGGUGGGCGGGAUCAAGGAUAAGGUCCUGGCGGCACACAGAGCCGGAGUGAAGCGGGUCAUCCUACCCAAGAGAAACGAGAAAGACCUGGAGGAGCUUCCGGCCAACGUCCGAGCCGACCUGGACUUUGUGGUGGCCGGAAACCUGGACGAGGUUUUGAACGCCUCCUUUGAUGGUGGUUUUCCAGGGAGAAGCAGCGUGCGCUCCCCCCCUCAGCUCAGCAGCAAGCUGUGAGGAUGUUCAGAGAGACUUCUGACGCAUUCCUCACUAUAGAAACUAGUCAUCCUCCCAGUUUAUAGAUAAUGUGAGAUAGCUGGAUGCCGUCAGAUCAGCGUCUUUAUCCGAGCUGGUCCAGAUUGAUGCGGGAUGUUCUGAAACCUUCUCUAUAACAUUUUCCCUGCAGCCGUCUGGCCAUCAUUUUCGAUUAACUCGGUUUCACUGGUUUUGUUUUAUUCUAAUAAGUAAGAAUCAACUAAUCUAAAUUAGUUUCCUGCUAAAAUCACCGAUUAGUGAUUGGACGGACGCUACUGUGUCCUGUUGCACAAGCCUUUAACAAAUAAAGUGUUAAAAACA